GUAGAGAGGAAGGAAGCUGACAUGGUGAGGAGACUGAUGAAUAACAGAGAGAUAGAAUUAUUCAUAUUAUUUAUAAUUUUUUAAAAAAAAUCCUCUCCAGGGCAGCCUCUAUGUCACUCUAGUGCCGAGGUGUCAAACUCGCAACGUCAUGUGACAUGUCAAGACAUAUUGCAACUUUUUUUCCAUUGCCGGCAAAGGGGUGGGCGCGGUUUUGGCAGGAAGCAUCUGUCUCGCGGGCUGGCAGUUUGAUACCCCUGCUCAAUAACCAGACUUUCUGGGGCAUGUAAAAAAAACAUUAUAUCUGUCUCUGACAUUUGUUUUUGCUGCAACAGAUGUUUCUCUUCCAACCAUAUGUAAAUAUGAAAACUCUCCUUCUGGUCAUGUCAGGAGGGGAGAACAGAACAGAGCAAAAACUUUAUUUUGGUCACUAUUAAUAAAAAUAUGUUCUAUAAAACAAACAAAGCAAAAUUAUCUCCUAACAUCAAUAAUUUGCAGGUGAAGCUUACACACAAUAUAGUGACAUUUUGCAACUUUUGGAGAAAUACAUUUAUGCUGGUUGUUUAGGAGAUAAUGCAAAUAAAAACCAUCAGAGUGCCCUGGAAAUUUUGAAUAAAAAGAGGGUAAUUCAUGAGUGUCAAAUGUCUCUGUAGAACUGACAUUACAAUAGAAAAUUGGCUGUGAUUUCUAUAGCAUCUGGGUCACAGGGGCAAUAUUGGGUUUCAUAUGGGGUUUUCCUAGAUUUCCCUUCCAAAACAGCUGAGGGGAGAACAUUAAAUCCAGCUAGAUAUAAGACUCUCCUGAAUUUGGAGACCGUAAUACGAUAUAAAUAUCAGUAUGUAUCUGGUAUAGGCACUAAGAUUUGGUUAUUAAUAGUCAUAAUGUAUAUGUUGUACUGGAACCUGAUCGCAUAAUACUAUUAUAUUAAUUAUACAAUCACAUAAUUUUUACUGAUCCAGCUUCUCUAGAAAUCUCUACAGUUUCUCCAGUGAAGCCAUCCUAAUCUUAGGAUCAGAGAUCAAGCUAGAUCAAAUUAAGGCAAAGGAUCUUAAGAUACAGAAGGCCAAACAGAAACUGCUGCCUUUUCUCAUAAUACAAUGGUUAAAUAUAGGAAAACUCAUGUAAAACUUAAUAUCUGCCCUGGUAUUCAGCUGCCAUAGAAACCGCAGCCCAUGUACUUUUGUACUGCCAGUUCUACAGGAUAUUUGUCACCAGUGAUUACCUCCUUUUUAGUUAAAUUUCCAGGCACUCUUGAUAAUUAUGAUUUGUAUUAUCUGUUAAACAGUGAAAAUCAAUGUAUUUCUCUAAAAGUAGCAAAAUAUUGCUAUAUUGUGCAUAAGCUUCGCCCAUCAAUGGUUGCUAGCAGUUAUUGAUGUUAGGGGAUAAUUUUGGUUAGUUUGUCUUACAGAAUAUCUUUUUAUUGGCCAAAGACGGAAAUAAAGUUUCUGGUCCGUUCAUGUAGGGAGCUCUCCUCUAUUUCUAUGGCCUGGAGGGCCCGAUCCUCCUCCAUCUCCUCCUUGGAAGGCAGAGAAGACAAGAUAGCGAGUGCGACAAGCUCUCUCCACGCAAGUGGCUGCAGAUAUUUCUGCGAGGAGACACCUGGGGGCCUCCGUUCACCCUCAGGCGUCCGUCGCCGACCCGCUCAGGUCUCUUGUUUGUCCUUUCCGUCUCGCUUCUCCUCCUUCCCCGCUUUCUUCGCCCGAAUUUACUUAAAUUCCCACCCAGUCCCCGUCUCUCUUCCUUCAGCCUCUACGCCCUUAUCCUGCCGCCACGUCUCCGCAAGGGUCUCCCUCCGUCCAGCGGAGCUCCCCACGCGCCCGUGAAAAGCGAUGCAGUACAGCGCAAAGCACGGCGGUUGCGGCGCUUGCUCCGAGACGCUGCUGCAAUUCCUUCUGGCAAACGCUGGGAGGCUCUGCGCACGCGGAGCCCUUGAGGACCCGGGCGGGGUGGAGCACGCUACGGUUUUCGGAGCGCCUCGUCUGUUGGUUGCUUCGGGCACCGGGCUGUUCCUGCCCUAAAGCAGAGCGCGCAGCCACAGUGCGGACUUUUUCUGCUCCCGCCGCGAGCCCCGUUGGGGGCUUAAUCCCAGGAAACGAAGUGAUUGCUGUGGACUGGAAAGGGCUAAAAGAUGUGGACCAGAUCAAUAUGGACAGCACCAGCUCACUCCAUGGAAGCAGCAUCCAUAGACCAUCUACUGAGCAAACACGGACAGAUUUCUCCUGGGAUGGCAUUAAUCUAUCCAUGGAAGAUACAACCUCAAUUCUUCCCAAACUGAAACGAAACUCAAAUGCCUAUGGGAUUGGAGCUCUGGCUAAGUCAUCUCUAUCUGGCGCCUUAGGAAUAUCCCGCAGCAUGAAGGAUCACGUUACCAAGCCCACUGCCAUGGGGCAGGGUCGUGUUGCACACAUGAUUGAGUGGCAGGGCUGGGGCAGGGCUGGCAGCAACCAACAGCAGCAACAUACUCAUGAGACAGUACGCAAGGAUGCAGAUGCUUACUCUGACCUGAGUGAUGGAGAAAAAGAGGCCCGAUUCCUUGCAGGGGUGAUGCAACAGUUUGCUAUCUCAGAAGCCACUCUGAUGGCCUGGUCUUCCAUGGAUGGUGAGGAUGUAAGUGUCAAUUCCAACCAGGAAAACCAAGCUGGCAACUACAAUGAAAACUAUCAAGAGAUGAUGGAGAAUCCAGAACACCUGGCCCAGGUGCAGUAUGACAGCUGGCCUCACUCUUACGUCUCACAAGGCAUGUACUGCCUGGGUUCAUCUGAUGCUUGGGAAGCCAGUGAUCAGUCCCUCAUUGCGUCCCCAGCUGCUGGCUCUUACCUCGGCCAGAACUUUGAGGAGUGCCAGUCUAACCUGCAGGAAAGUGUUUUAAUCCAGAACAACCUUAUCCAGCAGCACCAACUGUUGCAAAUGCAACAGCAGCAACAGCAGCUACAACAACAGCAACAGCUACAACAACACCAGCAAGUGCAACAGGCUGUGUUGCAAAAUACUGGACUUGCAGAGGUAUGGCCAGCUCAGACAACUCCUAGCGGUGAGGAUAGCCCUGGUAACGGGGGUAAUGCUGAAUCCAGCACUCUCGUGGGAGUUCACGCAGAAGAGGAAGGGAACCCCGUGCUGGAGAAAGCACCCCUGUUGAACAAGAAACCUUCUCCAGAAGAGGACGAUGUUGUAUGCCGGGAUCUGGAGUCUCUUUCACCCAGAGAGGAGGCAGAGCCUGCUGCCCUUAGCCGCAAAGUUUCUGAUGUUACAUCAUCUGGAGUUCAGUCCUUUGAUGAGGAAGAAGGUGAAACCAAUAACUAAUGCUGGCUGUUGAAAAACCUUUGACAAUAUGCAUGGGAAACACGGGUGGGGAAACUGUCAGGGAAGCCCCUCUCCAGCCCCUCAGUUCCUCCUAUCUCAAUUCCCCAGGCUCCCCCAGUUCCCCACAGCACACUUGUUUAUCCUUAGAUUUAUGGAAAGGUAAGCCAAGGACCAAAGUGCUGGGCGUUGCUCACUCCCCCUCCCCUCCUGCACACGUUAGGCUGAACCUUUAGGACUUACUGCCCAGAAAGCUCAGGGAAUGCAAGAUAGUAGCCUCAUGUGCACAUUGCAAACAGUGGGAACAAGUUAUGCUGGUUAUCAAGAGUGGUUUUGUGAGGCUGGUUCGAUUAACACAGCCUCUUGAGAAAACGCUGCUUCGCUCUGCCUCUUGGAACCUGGUGGAACAAUGAUAGGGAGAGAGGGAUGCUUCUUAGAUAACUUUGCAACAAAAGAAGUCAGGCCUCAUCAAGAAUUCUACUUAUGGAAGUGAGGUGCUAUUUGGAGAGAAGCUUUCACUCGAGGCCUAGAGGACCAUGAAGUGGAGGGCAUGGAUCCAGACUGUGGGACUUUAGGGGUAGUGACUAUUCCGUGAUAAAACUGAGGUACUCUUGAGUCUAGUUCAAACCUCAUUCUUCAGCACGUGUGCAUGCAUUGCCGCUGAAAGUCUCUUUAUGCACCCACCCUCUGUUAACUUUGCCUUUCUGGGGCCUGGAGAGAGUUUUCCCCCUCUAUUUAUUACUGAGCACUGCAUGUAGGGUAGGGAAAAGGGAGCAGGGGUCAUCUGUCUAUCUUAUAAUUUAUGCAGACCUGAAGUUCAGUCUUUCCAUUGUAUGAAGGGAAGACAAGACAAAGAAACAAAAGCAAACACAUACCACAACUUAACUAUUGACUUAGUUUUCGUCUAUUUUUCUCCCAAAUGUUUACGUUGUAACAGUUUUUUGGCCAUCAGAGGGAAUGGCCUAGUGCCAUCUAGUGAAAGGUAAUACUCCUUUCCUAGGCUUGCAAGUUCUUCUGAAAAGAUUGCAAAAUUGAAAGUGGGCCAAGAGUAAUUCUCUACUGUUUGCAUUAAUUUUCCCGGUAGGAUUUUUUGUUCUGUUGAGAAAUAUUUGUAAUGCCUAGCUCAGUCAAAAGUAAGAAAAUACUAGGCGGCACAUUCUUCCCAUUUUUAUUUGAUAAAGGGAUUUUUGGGGGGAGUGAAUGCUAAGUCUUGUGGCCCAUAGAGUUUGAUCUCAAGUUAUCUCUUUUUCUCAAUUAUUGGUUUGUCUUGGCAGACAAAUGGAAAUUAGCAUUAUGAAAUCUAGUUUUUAAUACUGUGUUCUUUCACCAUUGUUUGUCAGAAACAAACUAUGGAAGAAAAUAAUAAUAUAAAAAAAUGGCCAGAAUCAAUAAAAGAAAAUUGUGGUCAUCAUUAAAGUGGCAGAAAUAAGGACACUGCCAUAAAAGGUGACCCAACAUUGUGUGGUGAGAAGACACCACACAUUUUCUCUGCAUUUUCUCUGCUCUUUUCCUCCUCUAUGCCUGCACCAUUCAUUCUAUUUACCUGAAAUUUCAAUGUAGCUUGCAACUAGUUCGUUUUCUCUGGGUCUGCUAGCUACAAAAUUGAAGAGUAAAUUGCACAGCAACGCUUUGCUUACUCAGAUCUUACCCCCUUUGUGUAGAGAAAGGGGAAGAACAUUGGGUUCAAAAGCUUUGCAUCCAGAUGUCAUCAGUAAAAGGGAGCUGAAGUGCCCCCACCCUUUUCAUGAAGAAUUGAGGGGAACUCCGUGUAUUUCGACAACCAAGAAACUCUGUCUUCCCCUUCACUGCACCUUCUUUCAGGACAUUUCCAUCAUACGGACAAAUAGUCAGGCAAAAAUAAUCAAAGCAAAUGCAUGAAAGAAAAGCCUUUUGGCAUCCUUCUUUUCCUUGUCUCUGUUUCCUUACUCUUCCUGGCUCCUUGGGUUGGGGAGACUGCUCAACCUCUGAGCCUUUGGGAGCCCACCUCUCUUUUAAAAUAUGUUUACAUGCUACAGUGCCAACCUCUGAAGGCUAAGAGGGUUGGAUACAGAACUUCGCUGGAUAUGAGGACAACACCUCAUGUUCUUGCAUUUUUUUUUUUCUUAAAUUGCUGCAUUCUGGCUUUCAGUCAGUUUUGGGGGAUUCUCCCAGCAAUGAUGAAGAACCAUGAAGAGUGCGGAGUGCGCAUCUCUGCAAACCAAGAACGAUUGAAACUCCAACAUCAUCAAGCCUUCAGGAUAACCAAGAAAGCUUUGAGAUGUUUCCAGUAUUGUGAUGGGGGAGGGCGGAGAUUCAGGCAGCCUGAUUCUCCUUUCCUCCAAACCAUUUUGCUCCAUGUGCCUAUCCAGGACCAGGACUAAACCUGGAUGUUUACGGUAAAUUUGUUUCUGUGUAAAUGUAUCCUGCUUUCAUCUUGGCGCUCACUGACCUUGAUAAUAAGUGGCUCAUCUUGUUUAGAUACCUUAUUUUAUUGUCUGUCGUUUUUUUUUAAAGGAAAAUGUAAGCAACAUGCAUUUAAUAAUGCCACAUAUCACAAAUGUUUGAGAGAUUUAUAUUUUUCUCAGUCUGAGAGAUGCCAGAGAGGAUCAUAUUGCAUGGAAUUCAGUAAAGAAACAACAAGAGAAAGCUAAUUUUGUGUUUGAAGAACUGGGGAUAUGACUGAACAAUGUGUACAGUGGAAUAGAGAAUCACAACUGUAUUGUAGAUUUCUAGAACUAUCAUUGGAAAGUUCUACCAAACAAAGAUAACCAUAUUUUCAUUUAAAUUGUACAAUUCUUGGGGAGGAUUUAUAAAUAAAUAGAAUUGUUCAGGAUAUGAAACUCCAUUUACCUUCCUCUCCCUCCACCCCCUGCAAAAGGAUCUUGCCUUUUAAAAUACCUUUCCUGUUGUUCCCUUUGUUUAAGUGUACUGAUGUCUCUGCUCUUAGCCAGGUACAUCAGCAGAGAAAAAGUUAUACUUGGCCCCAGAUGAGAAAAAAUCCUUCAGCUUCAGUUAUCCGUUCUGUAGCAUUCCAAAUCCAGAAAGAUUGCAGCUCUCAUUUUAUUGGACAAAAUAAUACAGAAUGGCUGUAUUGCUCUAGUCAUACAAUAAAAUAGUUUUGUGUGAUACCUUCAAAACUAACAACAAAUGUUGCGCUCUCAGCUGCUAAACAGAGUCAGGUCAGGUUCACUGACCUGAAUGGAAACAGCUCAAAGUGAUUCCUGAUAUAAAUGCAUUAGUACCAGCUAACUGAAAAGCAAAUAUUAUUAUCAAAAGAUGGGACAGCCAAUGCCAGGGCAGCUCUGCAGUUCUGCAGCUCUGAACAUACUGUAGUUAGAAAGCUUCAAUUAGGAAAGUUGGGGAUAUUUAAAAAAAAAAAAAUUCAAGAAGAAAACAGGCAGAUAGCAUAGCAUACUGCACCUUCUUUUAACCACUUUGUAGGCAAGUUUAUUUCUGGGCUUAGAGCCUGACUGAGAAAAAAACAAACCAGGAAGGAUCAUUGGGAAAAAAGGGCAGUUGAGAGAGGGUUACAGCCCCCUGCUUCUGUCUGCUGUCUUAGUUCUCCAACUCCACUGCCUUAUUGUUAUUUAUCAGCAACCUGUGUCUGAAGAACUAAGAAAUUUCCUGACAGUUAGAACAAUUAACCAGAAGCUGUGAAUGCUCCAACAGUGGAAGUUUUUAAGAAGAGACUGGACAGCCAUGUCUGAAAUGGUAUAGGGUUUCCUGCCUGAGCAGGGGGUUGGACUAGAUGACCUUCAAGUACCUUCCAACUUAUUAUUAUUAUUAUUACCUCAGCUCUAAAUGGAAUUCUACCACCGAAUGCUAAGGGGGGGGGAAAGCCUUUUUAGUCUAUGAGGGCUGCAUUUAUUAACUCUCACUGAUUUCACAUGUUCAGAAAUUUCUUAUUUGUUACAUGCAUCAUAUUUGAAAUAUGCAUGCCUUUCUUUUUUAUUUGCUUGGUUUCUUCUUUAAAACAUGAAAGCAAAACGAAACCAUGCAAUGCAGAUACACUGUGUAGCUUUUUAUUUUGAAUGUCUCUGAAAUGAUAGGCAGUGAAUUCCUGAGUGAAGAAUAUUGGAGGGGAUAUGUAGAUUUGUGCUCAUGUAGCAGAUGCCUGGAGAGUUAUGCCAAGGUUGAGGAAUGUAUCCCUCUUCAGAAGUUAUGAACCUGAAAUAUUCAAUGUCCUCACCACUGCUCCUACCACAGAAGAAUUCUGGGAGUUACACUUUGAUCCAUAUAUAGAGACUUUAGGUUCCUCAUUCCUGGCUUAUAUACAUGAAUAAUGACAACCAUCUUAUAGAAGGUUAUUCAUGAAACCAUUAGGAAUAUCUAAUCUUUUUUUAACAAGUAAGAUCUGGCCUUGGAUUUCCUUGAUAUACUUUUUUUUUGGGGGGGGGAAAGCCUUGAAGCCAUUUUUAACCCUCUGUUGCCACUUCCUGUUCCUUUGCAUGAAUGCAGCAGUACAAUCAUAGUUAGCAAAUAGUGUAGUUGGUACUAUUCACUAAAUAAUUCACUUUGGUGUAAUAUUGCAAUGUUGAUGUUGUGGCAUGAAUGCUAACAAGGUCUCUUCCAAGAUAUUUGAGCAGUUUUACAGAAGUAUUUUGAACAGGUGACCAAGGGAUUGCCAAAGAGUCCUGGAGGAAGCAUUCCAUAAAUGUGUGUCCCUUGCUUGUCCUUCCCUCUGAGCCUUAACUCCCUCUCCUUAUUCAUUUCUUAACUGCUAGAAGACCUGAAAGAUGGCAUCACAACACUGGGAAGCAUAGUGACAAGCUCUAUUUGCUGGCAGCUUGCUCAAGAUGGAAGCGAAUUAACCAGGAAUGAAAGAAAACAAAAUGUCCUUGAACUUUGAAGGCCAAUUAAGUCCUCCAUUUUCCCCCUUAAUUUAGUUCAGCAAUUGUUAGAAAGAUUUUCUUAAGUGAGAAAGCCACUUAAAUCAUUUCUAACAGAAUUAUUCCAUUGAUAAAGGGAAACCAACAAGUUUUGUGAGGGAAGAAAUAGCUGUAGGAACUAUUUUUGAGCAAAUCAGCAGCUCCUGAGGAAAGACUUUUUAAAAAUAAAAUUCAAAGCUUUGCAACUGCAUUUUAAAAAAAUGAAUGUUAAUCAGAUACUUUAUGUGCCUCCUGUAUCAUGCCUAGCCAGUGCCUAAAGGUCUUACAUGCAUCAUUCAUGUUUUUCAAUUUCUCACCUGAGCUAAUAUGGAUAACUAACUGUUCCAUCCUGCUUUUUUCUCCUUGAAUGAAACAUCUAGGUAUAUAUGAAAAUCAUUAGGGUGUAAUAUGAAAAUAGGAUUUUUCUAGAAAAGGCAACCAGAUAUAAAUUGUGUCUUGCUUAAAUAUUAAUAUAUUGCUUUCCAAGACAUUAUUAUAGUGGGUUACAUGGUUAAUAGUUACAUAUAUUAACACCUACGCAUUUAAAAUGUCACGGAAGUGAGAUGGGUGGCUAUAUAAAUUUAAUACAUAAAUAAUAGUGAAGUGGAAAACAGCAAAGCAGAGAGAAGAACUAUAUUAGAGAAAUUAAACUGACAUGUUCUGAGGAGAAUGUUCCUGUGCCUAGUCAAGUGUUUUUCAGCUGUAUUGGAUUUCAGCUUCCAUCAUCCACAGCCAACUUACCCACCUCCUUUUAGGAACACGUUUUUGGCAAUAAGACCUAUUGGUGCUUGUUAAGAUAGGCUUGCUUAGAAAGUCUGGGUGUGAGAGAGGGCUUUGCUUUGUGUCACUCCAGGCCGUAAAGGAAGGCAUUCAUGAAGAGCAAUAUUUUUGUAUGUUUCAGAGGAGUUCAGAAGUAAAAUUAUCAACCUUUUGAAGCCGCCUUAAUUCCCUGCCACCCAAAUCAGUCUAUCUUCCCUUUAAAAAAAAAAAAAAAGUCUUAAGAGGCAAAGGAGACAUUUUAUCCUCUUCAGCACCCUCCCAAUGGGCUCUGAAAAUGUCAGCCCCAUUCCACGGUGACCUCAUGCCCACAACCUUGGGCAGGACAGAAGCAUAGUGUGGCCCUCUGGCCACCAUUAUUCUUGCUCUUGGAUUUCUCUAGUUCCCUGGGCAGUUAAAGCAAAAUAUAAUUUUCAGGUCAGACCAAUAAAUUAGGAAGUGAGUUGGUUGUUGUGAAAACAUUUUCAAAGUUUCAGCUUGGUUAUGUUGAAAUCACAAAUAAGCAUUUGUUUUGAUUAUUUUUUUCCUACGUUCCUGCAUACAGCCUUGAAAUGCAGAGGAUUGUAAGAAGCAAUGCUUUUUCUCCCUUAGGUAGGCCUAAAACAGUGACAUCCAGAGGAUGAGGGUGGUCAAAAAACUCAAGAUGGCGAUCAUGACCGCGAUAUUGAAGUUCUGUCCCUUUGUACAUGUGUGCGAUAUACAAGUGGCUGGGCUUCAAUCACAUGGUCAUUAUUAACAUCUUGACUUUUUUGACACAUACCAUCCCCACGAUGGACUCCCCUGCUUAAAAUCUGCCUGUUUUGAACUACUUUGCUGUUCCAUUGCUGAUGAAUUGUUUCUUAAUCCAUUUGCAUUUCUCCAUUUAAGUAAUCUAUUUAUUCAUAUAUGCAACAUAUGGCCUCCCUUUCCUUCAAGGCUCAUGGUAGUGGACAUAGCACCCAAACUCUGUGAGAUAGGGGGGACUGAGAGAAAGCGACCAGACCAAGUCAUCCCCAUGAGCUUCUAUGACAAAUGCCAGCCUGGAACUUGAUCCUGUAGCACCUUAACCAUUACACUACCCUGGCUUUAAAUCAGUCCAGACAAUGGAAGAUAAUUCUUACAUAAGACAGGAAUAAAACAAGAGAAAUUGGGGCUCUGCAAACAACUAUGAUCCAUCUAUUUAUAUUAUGCAUUAAAUUAUUCUGUAAAAACUGAUUGAGAAGAUGGCUAGUGAUUUAAUUUAUUACUACUUUGGAUAUUUCAAAGAGAAUUAAGUCAUUCUCUUAAUCAUAUUUCACUUAAAAAUGUUGUAGCCAUCUAGCAAAUAAAGAAAAUGGCACAUAGAUGCAGAUAAUGUAACUGCAGAUAGACUUAUAUUGUUUUUGAAAGUCACUAAAUUAGCUCUGAUGCCAGGGAUUUUGCUUACUUCACUGUAGCCCCUAGUGACAAGUCAUUAUCUCUCUGUAUUUACUUGUUGCUCAUAAGAAGAGAGAGAGAGAGAAAUGAAGGGAUUAACUCUGGAACAAACUCUUACACAAACAUUUGCUUUAUUUUAUAUAUACAGUAUAUAAAAUUCUGAUGCCUCACCUUGGGCAGCAAAAUAUAUUCAGUAGGUUCUGCUGAAUUUUGUCUUCCUGUGACUGAGCUUUUCAAGAAUCAAGAUAAUUGGGAGACGAAAUAAUCGAAGCAGUGGUAGAAAAGCUGCAUUUGCUCUGCUGGUUGCUACUUUUUCAUUUUAAACCAUCCCCAUUUUGUUUUGUGGGUGAUGCUGUCAAGUGUAUUCAGGUCUCUGGCCUGGAUUUCACUAUAUAGUAAAGCUGUAUCUCUAGAUGGUACCAUUUUUGAUUGCCAGAGGUGAGGGGAGCCUAGGUUUCAAUGCUUCUGUAUGCAAAGAUAAUUCUCAGCAGUUGGUAGAGCGGGUGAUCAGGGGUAAGAUAUUCCGAGCCAGGUUUCCAUAUAAUGUUCACUUUCUGUGCACAAAUGAUUAUCUGAAUGGAGGAGUAUUAUAAUCAUGGGAAACCAAGUUAUAAUCUGAAACUUGCAUAUUCACAUUGAGAGGCUUACGGUAUAGUGAAGCAAGCAGAAAAAGUAUUUUAAAUAAAUUCAUAGUUUAUUUUAAGUAAUUCAGUUCCCCCCACUACCACCACCACAUUUUUUACUCCAGGCAUAGCUGUAGUGUAUUUCUUUAGACAUUUCAAUACUAUACAAACUUCAGUAUGGCACUUUUGUUUCCUUUUUUCUUAAAGAUGUCCGAAUUUUGUUCCAAAAUCUGUAUGGGCAAUUAUAAGUUUGGAUGUUAAUUUACUGUUAUUUCUAGGAACUGUAAAAUGUUGUCUGGGAGACAAAAAUCAUUUUUGAAUAUAGUACCAUAUUUUUAAAAAAUAUUUCUCCAGUUCAUUUGGUGCUGUGUAUGAAGUGGUGUACCUAUCCUCUAAGCUAGAAAAUGAGCCUCAAAAAUAAUUUUUCAAUUAGAAGGGACUUUUUUAAAAAAGAAAGAAAGAAAAGAAAAGCUCUUCAUAAGCUUAAGAGCAGAACACAGGACAAUAAAUACAGGAGCUACAUAAAAGAGAAGAAAUAGUGGGCUAGUGUAAUUGAAGCAUGUUUAAAGAAACCAAAGGUUUGGGGCUUUUUUUUUAAAAAAAGAUUAAACUGGUUAUGGUUAGCUGCAGGGAAGGUUAUAAAGAGAGACCAGUCUUAAGACUUUUCACAAUUCUGAAUUUCUGAAGAAGGGAGGGAAAAAACUAGUUUUCUUUCCAUCUUUAAAAGAUGGGACUAAUUGAGAACAGUGACUUUCCAGGAAAGGAAUGGGAGGAAAAGCAGAAGUGGGUUUACAAAAAUAACCCUCUCACCUCCUUCAGUCCUGGGGCACUUGAGCAGGAAAAAAAAAACCAGAUUUGCCUUUGGUCUUCCAACUCCAAAACAUCUUUGCUUAAACCUUUUUCUUUUUCUUUUGGUUGGCUAUUCUGUGCAUGUUUUUGAUAAUGUGACUUAUGAGAAUAUAUAUUCUCUCUCUCUCUCUCAAUAUAUAUAUACAUAUAUCUUUUGUGCACGCAUACACAUAUGUGUGCCUGUGUGUAACUAUAUCUAUAGGUAUAAAAAUUAUAUGGCGUUUCAUGCCUGGUUAUGGUUAAUAGCCAUUGAGGAAAAGAGAGCGUUGCCUGCAAGGGCAUGUAAGAACCUCAUCAAGUUAAUGUUAUUAAACAGCACGUGGUUUUGCCAUU